AUGGCCGACGACGAAGGUGCUUCCCCCCGCGAGCUGGUUGUCGAGGCUUGUCGCCGAAACAAUCAAGACCUGAUCGAACAGAUUCUCGAUGGUAUGAACGAGAAGACAAAUGAGGAGGUCGCAGAAUUCUUCAACAAUGUGACGGAUGCCUUGGGGAACCACGCAUUGCACAUUUGCGCUUUAUACGGAAGCUACGAGGUUAUGGAUGCCUUGUUCGACAUUCAGUACUUCGAGUGCGACCCCCUGACCCGCUUGGACAAAGACACACCGCUACACAUUGCCGUACGUUACGCCAACGACAAGGACUCGCAGGUGGGCGAGGAGAUGAUUAAUAUGAUGUGUGAGGCUGGUUGUGAUCCCCGGGUGCGGAAUAAGCAUGGUCAAAAACCUGCAGACUUGGUCUUCAACAAGCCUGAGAUCAAGCAGACCUUGCAAAAGGCGGAGUAUAUUAUGGCGGAGGGUAUUCAAGAUGAAACCAUGGGCUCGGAUAAUGAUAUGGCCAGUGACAGCGAAUAG